AUGAGGAGUUCCCUAGUGUUCUUCGUAUGUGCCACUCCUCCCCUUGUGGUGGGCAUAUGGGAGGUGAUAGAACCGCUUCCAAGAUUCUUCAAAGCAUGUUGUGGUGGCCUACCCUUUUUCAGGGAUGCUUGGGCAUUUGUCAAGUCUUGUGAUCGUUGUCAAAGAACGGGUAAUAUUUCCAAGACACAUGAAAUUCCACAAAAUCCUAUCCUAGAGUUGGAGGUGUUCGAUGUGUGGGGAAUCGACUUCAUGGGUCCCUUCCCUUCUUCUUAUGACAACCUAUACAUUCUUGUCACGGUUGACUAUGUUUCCAAGUGGGCGGAAGCCAUUGCAUCUCCCACUAACGAUCACAAAGUGGUGGUCAACCUCUUCAAGAAGAUCAUAUUUCCGCGUUUUGGGGUUCCUAGGGCUUUGAUUACUGAUGGUGGGUCCCAUUUUUGCCCAUGGGAGAUCAGGUCUAUUUUGGAGAAGUCGGUUUCCAAGAACCGCAAGGAUUGGUCAAUCAAACUUGAUGACGCCUUAGGGGCGUAUAGAACGGCUUUCAAGACGCCAAUUGGGAUGACUCCAUACAAACUUGUUUAUGGCAAGAAUUUCCACUUGCCGGUGGAGCUUGAGCACAAGGCCAUGUGGGCCAUCAAAAUUUUGAAUUUCGAGCUCACUAGUGCGGGUGAGCGGCGCUUGCUCGAUCUCCAUGAGUUAGAAGAGCUCCGCAUGAAUGCCUAUGACUCAGCAAGAAUUUAUAAGGCGCGUUCUAAACAAUAUCACGACGCCAAGAUUAAGAAGAGAGAGUUCAAGGAGGGGGAGAAGGUCCUCCUUUAUAACUCUCGCUUGAAGUUGUUCUCGGGAAAACUCAAAUCCCGGUGGAGCGGUCCGUUCGAUGUUGUUCGGGUUUUCCCCCAUGGUGCUAUCAAGAUUCGGAAUGAUGAUUCCGAGUCCUUCAAAGUGAAUGGCCAUCGGCUCAAACACUAUUACUUGGGAGACUCUAUUGGAUCUUUUGCUACCUUGGACCUCAAGGACCCCCCCAUGCAUUUGGGGGGAUUCGUCAAGCUAAUGACGUUAAACGAGCACUUCCGGGAGGCACCCGGCGGCUUCUUUGCAUUCUUUGUGGUUUGGUUUCAUUGCGGUGGGUUCACACUUCCCACCAAUGCUUUGUUCGUCGAUUCUUUGGUAAAAAUGUUGGAAAAGAUGGAAAACACAUGA